AUGGACAGUGUUAAGCCGCCAGAUGCCGUCAACUGGAACGGAAAUGUGGACUGUGAGUGGCGAACUUUUAAACAGCGGUUUAUGCUAUACCUGCAAGCUCUCGGCCUAGAUAGUAAGCCUGAUACCGUAGCAGGUCCACAAGCGGUGGAAGUAUAUAACACGUUUGUGUUCGCAACUGCAGAAGAGAAAGAAAAGUUUGACGAAGUAGUGAGAAAGUUUGAUGAACACUGUUCGCCCAAAAAGAAUGAAACAUUUGAGAGGUACGUCUUUCGGUCACAAAAACAAGAAGAACCAGAGGAACCAGAGAAGCCAGAGCUCAGGAUUUUGCUUCUUGGAAAAACUGGAGUUGGAAAUAGUGCUUCAGGAAACACCAUCCUAGGAAAAGGGAAUGCUUUUGAAUUGAUAUCAUUAGAGUGUCAGAAGGCAACAGGAGAGUUUGGAGGUCAAAAACUGGCUGUAGUUGAUACUCCAGGUCUGUGUGACUCCAGUAAAACUGAAGAGGAGUUGACAGCAGAGAUGGAGAGAGCCAUCUGCUUUGCUGCUCCUGGUCCUAAUGUGUUCCUGGUUGUGAUUCAGGGAAACUGCUUCACAAAAGAAGAUCAAGAAACAGUGAAAAUGGUUCAGAAGAUGUUUGGAAAAAGGUCAGCAUGCUCCAUGUUAGUCUUGUUCACCCAUGGAGAUGACUUGAAGUCAGAUGGAGACACCAUAGAAGAAUUAAUCAGUGAUAAUCCAGCUCUCAGUGACUUCAUCAGUUGGUGUGGUGGAGGAUAUCAUGUCUUUAACAACAGAGACAAGGAUCCCUCUCAGAUAAGAGAGCUGCUGGAGAAGAUCAACACCAUGGUUCAGAGAAAUGCAGGAAGAUACUACACAGUUGAAAUGUUCAGAGAGGAUGACCUCAGGAUUGUUCUUUUUGGGAAAACUGGAGUUGGGAAGAGUGCAUCAGGAAACACCAUCUUAGGAGAAAAAGCUUUUAAAUCCUCAUCAUCUUUUUCCUUUGUAACACCACAGUGUCAGAAGGAAACAGGUCUGUUUGAUGGUCAAAAAUUGGCUGUAAUUGAUACUCCAGGUUUAUUUGACACCAAUAAAACUGAAGAGAAGGUGAAGGAAGACAUCCGUAGCUGCAUCCCCCUUGCUGCUCCUGGUCCUCAUGUGUUCCUGGUUGUGAUUCAGGCCAACAGAUUCACAGAAGAAGAACAGGAAACUGUCAACAUCAUUCAGAACAUGUUUGGAGAACAGUCAGCAUGUUACACUAUGGCCUUGUUCACCUGUGGGGACAAUCUUGAGGCAGACGGGGACACCAUAGAAGAAAUGAUCAAUGAUAAUCCUGUUAUCUCUGACUUCAUCAGUCAGUGCGGUGGAGGAUAUCAUGUCUUUAAGAACAGAGACAAGGAUCCCUCUCAGGUCAGAGAGCUGCUGGAGAAGAUCAACACAAUGAUUGCGGGAAAUGGAGGGAGAAACGUAUUUAGAUCAACAGCUUUCUCUUCCUCUGAAACAUCAGAGUGUCAGAAGGAAAUGUCUCUUUUUGAAGGUCAAACACUGGCUGUAGUUGAUACUCCAGGUCUGUAUGAAACUAAACUAACUGAAGAGGAGGUGAAGAGAGAGAUUGUUAGAUGCAUGUCCUUUGCUUCUCCUGGUCCUCAUGUGUUCCUGGUUGUGAUCCAACCAAACAGAUUCACCAAAGAAGAACAAAAAACUGUGAAAAUCAUCCAGAAGAUAUUUGGUGAUCAAGCGGCUGAUUACACGAUGGCCUUGGUAAUCCAUGAAGAUGAUGUGAAUAAAGACACCAUAGAAGAAGCAAUCAAACAUCCAGAUCUCAGUGACUUUAUCAGUCAGUGCCGUGGAGGAUAUCAUCUUUUUAACAGCAGAAACAAGGAUCGCUCUGAGGUCAGAGAGCUGCUGAAGAAGAUCAACACAAUGACUAAGAGAGGAUGCUGCUACACCACCAAAAUGUUUGAAGAGGCAGAGAAAGCCAUUAAAACAGAGCUGGAACGACUUCAGAAAGAAAAUCCAGAGAUGACGGCUAAAGAAGCAAGAUACAAAGCAGAAAGAAAGAACAAGUUUACUCAGGAGAAUUGGAAUGUGUCUAUUACUGGAGCAGCUGCUAAGCUAGAGGUGCAGCAGGAGCUGUUGGAGUUGCAGCGGGAGUUGCAGUGGGAGUUGGAGCGGGAGUUGCAGCGGGAGUUGGAGCGGGAGUUGGAGCGGGAGUUGCGGUAG